CCCAGUCUGAGAACUCGGCGUCGGGGGCUUCAGUUGACUUGAUGUUGCGGUACAUUUUUGGCUCAGUGUGGGUUGGGCAGCUGGGGCCGAUGCUACUAAUACGGUCGGAAAGGCUUCUCUGGGGUUUGUCAAGCAUUCCCUAUGGAAAUGUUCAGCCUGACCACACCCAAGACAAAAACCCUGAGCCAACCAACACUCACCCGAGUGACUUCACCCGGAGAGGGUGCAGACUGGGUUACGGUACCCGCCCUGGUUCCUUCCACCCUUCUGGCACACUGAUACAUAUGGAGCAGCCCGGCAGACAGAUCAAGAUGCAACUCUUCUAUGAACCACUUGCAGCAUUUCUCCAUCGUCUGAACCAAAUCUCAGCCAAACUCGGCCAACUCGACGAGAGCUAUUGCCAAGUCACCUAUUUCCCACAUGGGGACCCGGAUAGUGCGCUCAAGCCAGUGCUCUACAAUCAGUGGAUUGUGGAUCUGGUCGCCACGAAACUCUUCUGCUCCGUUCUUCUUAAGCUUCUUGAUCGAGACAACAACCACCGGAGAUGGCGGUGGUGGUGGGGGUACAUAAGCUCCCGCCAUCUACUGGAGGAAGUUGAGCAUGUUGACCGUCAUGUGUGGCUGGAGUACAUGGAUGGCUUCCGGAUAGGGCACCGCAUUCGGAGCCUGUUGUUCUGGGACUUGCUAAGUCACACUGCUGCUACCCAUCCAUCAUCCAUGGAUUCAUACGAAGCUACCAAGAUAGUAUUCUCCAGGGUUCAGAGCUUGGAUCCGGAAAAUGCAUCCAAAAUCAUGGGUUACAUUCUGAUUCAAGACCAGGGCGACGAGGAGAUGAUAAGAUUGGCCCAUGUUCCCGACACCCAUCUCCUUUCACUCAUCACUCAGGCCAAGGAUUUCCUCGGCCUUUCUUCUUCAAACUCUUCAUCUUCCCAUUCUGCGCCUUCUUCGCCUUCCCCUUUCAGUCCCACCACCAAGUUCGGCCCUUUUACCCACUCCUCGUCCCCGAGGAUCACGAUUCCCAACAGCGGCUUCCCCCACUCCUCGUCGCCCUCCUCUCUCUGGUCGCCCUCUGCCGGCUCCCCGGCGUUCUCCAGAGCCCAUCUCUCCUACGCCGCCGUGGUGAACGGUUCCACAAACCCUGCUGUCUCCGCCUCCCCCGCUCACGCUCCCUACAAUGGGGACCCCGCCGACCACCAGUUUGAGCCGAUAAUGAGCCCCACCGGAGGAGGGAACAACAAGGCCGAAUCUCUGAUUUUCCCGUACGAGGAGAGCCCCGACUCGCACCACCAGCUGCAGCACCGGCGGCGAUUCUCGAUGGGGGAUGGAUCAGAAGACGGCUUGAGGCCUUGCAUGUACUUGGGUACUAGAGGAGGUCUCUGCAAGAACGGGAACAGCGCCGGCUUUACUGACUCGCCUGACGGCGGCUCCGCCUCCUUUAAUUUUGUUGGUUCUCCGGGCAAAAUGGAUUCGGCCGCCUUUGAGGAGCUUGUUCGGAUAAAAGCCCUUCAGCACCAAAGGUUCUCACAGCUCAUGGCUUCUGGCGCUCACCGUCCCUUCUCUUACAACAAGUGCAUGAACAUUUUGAACGACAAUCCGAGAUCCCCUCCGGCUUCAUUGAUGGUAGGUGAAGAGCUUCGCAAAUUUGGACGAUGCCGACCAGAUGCCAAUGACUUUUCUGGCUUGGGCUUGGGCGGAUACUCAAAUUCUUGCUCCCGGCAAAUUUACUUGACCUUUCCUGCAGAUAGCACAUUUAGCGAAGAGGAUGUUUCUAAUUACUUUAGUUUGUAUGGGCCAGUGCAAGAUGUUAGAAUUCCGUAUCAGCAGAAGCGAAUGUUUGGUUUUGUCACAUUUGUCUACCCAGAGACGGUGAAGCGCAUAUUGGCUAAAGGGAAUCCUCACUUUGUUUGUGACUCUCGUGUGCUUGUUAAACCCUACAAGGAAAAGGGGAAUAUCCCAGAAAAGAAACAACAGCAUCAACAUCACCAUAUGGACAGGGGGAAAUUUUCAACAUGCUUAAGCCCAUCCAGCCUUGAUUCCUUGGAGCCUCAUGACCUUCCUUUUGGACCAAGAAUGUUUUACAAUUCACGCGAGGCAAUGCUUAGAAGAAAAUUAGAGCAAGAUGCUGAACUGCAGCAGGCCAUUGAGCUUCAAGGAAGAAGGCUGAUGAACAUGCAGUUUGUGGACCAGAAGAAUCAUCACCAUCAUAAUUAUCCUCAGUUCCAGCCAUGUUCAUAUCCUGGUGGUUCGGAUCCUUUGGGCAGCUCUCUAUCACAAUACCAUAAUCUUGUCCCAGAAAUGAAUGCCGACCACCAUGUGAAGCUUCCAUGGGAACCAACUGAAUCCCAGGAGAAUGAGAGUGGAAAUGAAGAUAGUAUUGGAAAGGACCAAAUGCCAAAUCUUGAUGCCCUUGGAUUGAAUGUCAGCUUGGAUAACAUACUCCCGGAUAGCCUCUUUACCUUCCCCGCGAAAGCAACUGUGGACAACCUUGGUUCUUCAUCUGCACCAGCAGAAGCAGAUGAUAGUUCUUCAGCUGCACCUUCCAAUGACAUCCCUAUUCAACCUGCUACUUCCACCCUCAACAUGCCUUCUCUUCAAGCAUGUUCCCUGAAGAUGCCAAAGCUAACCUCCGGCCAAGAAGCCAUCGAAGUGUAGGCAGUAGUAGAGGCUUGAGCACGAAUGCUGACUUGUAUAUCCAUAACAGAAGAAAAGAUCUGCAAGGAGGAUCUGUUUCAAGACUUGUUUCAACAUCAAUAGGAUAAACACUACUGGCAAUGAUACAUAAUGCAUAUGUAUAGGACAGAUGAACUGGUUUAAGGGAGUAGGAUCCCUCUGUCUAUUUUGU